CCAAGAGACUCGGAGCUGUUUGUUAUCAGCGUAAGGUUAACGUUAGAAGAUGGGGGACGUUUAUGACCCAUUGCACCCGAAAGAGUGUGACAUCACGUUGGAGAGCUCACUGCUCUGAACUGGUUUAUUCUUGGCCAGCAGCUUCUACUGGGCUACAAACGCCAGAACUGCCGUGCAAUGGAUGCUCUGGUGAACUCAGAGAUCAGGGAAGAGGGAGGAGAUACCUCAGUCAAGGUUGAGGGCCUCACCAAGGCAGCUAUACUCAAAGGCCUCUCUCCUCGAGUGAUGUUGUCCAGCCAUCUCCUGCCUAAAGGAACCAAGAGGAAGGUGAACCUGGAUGACCAGGGUCGCCAGAAAGUGUCCUUCAGCUUCUCUCUCACAAAGAAACCUCUGCAGAACUUAUUCCUGGUGCCUCCCAGUCAGGAAAAAUCUUUUGCUGAACUUCCCUCUGUCCUGUCACCUACAACCUCACACUCUCAGGACAGAGCAGGGCAGCAUACGGAAAGUAAAAAUGAGCAAAUGCAGCCACCCUUGUCAGUGCCCACACCAGUAGCAGAGACCCUUGCACCUCAGACGGCGGUCUCCUCAGUCCCCAAACCUAAAGUGGACUUGGGAAAGAUGCACUUCAAGAAACAGAUUCUCAGUGUAUCUGUUAUUGAAAAGAGUCCCAUAACCAGCGUUGUCUUACAGGAUCCACCCCCUUCCGAGCAACAGGUUUUAAUGAAAUCUUCAGGUGAAAUUGAAACUGUCACCCCAACACAAACAUCCCAGUCUCAGAACAGUCUUCAGAACAUGGACAAUGAGUGCCCCUCUGAGAAUGCUCUCACUCAUGUAUCUGAUGUGAAGCCGGACCUCAGUCUCAAGGAGCUGACUGAUUCCUCCCACGUAGGGAAAGUGGAUGUAAACAGUUCCAGUGUAACAGAGCAGCAAGACGCCUCAGAAAACAUACCAAUCCGGUCCCGGUCAGACAGCACACUCCCUGGCUCAGAAUCUGAUGCUGAUUCAGUGCAGACGUCUUCCAGCCACAAGUCGGGUGAACCCAAGGCCACAGCAAAGUCGGAAAGUAGAAGUAAGGAUGCAAAAAGGAUAUCCUCUUCUCGCUCCAAAUUAGAGGAAACCGAAAAAAGUUCUCACCAUGCACGUUCUGAGAAGGACGAAAGGACCUGUAGUUACUCAAAGUCUGACCGAGAAUCCAAAUCUGACCGAGAAUUAAGGUCAACCGCUGACCGAGAAUCCAAGUAUGACCGAGAAUCAAAGCACACACCCUCGCGGUCCUCCCGCUCUGACAAAGACCGCAAAAGGACUAAGAGUCGGUCAAGGUCCAGAUCAAGAGGCCCCCGGACGAGUUCUAGGCCUGAGACACGUUCCAGAUCUGAGAGAUCUAGAAGCGAGAGAGGGUCAGGAUCACGGUCUGAUCGGUCAUAUCAUGACUCUGAGCGGAGGUCAGGAGGUCACAGAAGUUCUCCAUACAGAGAGAGGAGAGGCAGCUCUCGCUCUCAGACUGAUAGCAGCAGAGUCCGAGGCGACAGUUCUGACUCUGAAGAUGACCACAGAAGAACUCGGACUAGAACAAGUGAUUCCAGCAGGUCGUCCACCCAUUCUAGCUUGCAGAGAGAUUCAAAGUCAUCCUCAUCUCGCUCAAAAUCUGAACGAGACUCGAAAUAUAUAGAUUCCCCUUACUUUUCAGAGAUAGAUAAAAGAACACAAUCUUCUAAGUCUGAGAGGGCCUCAAAGAGAACUGUUGACUCCUAUUCCCUCCAAAAGUGCUCUCCUGAAGGAGAAUCUAAUCACAGGAAAUCCAACACCCACUACAAGCAGGACAUCAGUGUUCGAUCCACUCAUUCCAGUCCACAUGCCCUCUCUCAAACAUCGGACAAAAGUCUCCAGAAAAGCAGCUCUAGUGAAUUUGAGGUAGCUCACAAAGGGAAGUCUCAGUCACAGGGCUCUGAUCGCUCUUCUGGCUCUGAAGGGGCAUGGACAUCUUCCACCAGUAAAUCAGACUCUAAGCAAAUGUCCGCCUCCAAGUCGUCAUUGAAAUCUAAUAGACAAUCAAACGACACAUUUCACAGUCCAAAUAAGAUACAAACACAUGAAACCCCUUCUGGUGCUCACUCUCAGAGCAAAAAUGACAAAGCUGGAGCAGAUUCCCAGCUAGCAGAUACUUGCCAAAGGGAGGACGUUGGCAAUAUGGAUGACAUCACAUCCCAAGAUAAAGACUUACAAAAACCAACUCUGUCGUUACCUUCAAAUUGUGAUCCAACUCACAGAUUGCGAGAACCAGCGUUGGAUCUAGUUAAUGAGAAUAUUAAUCAUUGCAUUGAGGUUCAGAAUGUCUCGGCAGCAACUUUACCGAACACCUCUAGUGGAGACCAAUUAUGUGAAAAAUUUGCCUUAGGGGACAUUGACAAUGUUAAUAAAAGCAUUUGCUCUGAACAAAAAGAAGAUUCACAGCGUGUAGACCCCCAAAUGGGAUCCACCGAGAAGCCGGAUGAUGUAGCCAACUCUAGCUUUUCCUGCAGUAAUGAACAAGUAAUACCCAGCCUGGAUAAGACUGUUUUUCAAGGUUCAGUUGGGUCAAAGUCAUCACCAUCUACAGUAGACGUAUCUGUCAGAGACCACCCUAAGGAGAAUACUAAACCAGAAAAUACUUUCUAUUCUAGUAGAAAUGUGAAUAUCAAGAUGCAGUCUUGCACAAGCGUCCCUCUCAAAUCUGAACCCUCUAGUCCUGAACCUCAACAAUUUCCCAACAAGACUGAACAACAGAACUCUAGUUUGAGGAAAAACCGAGGUAAAACAAAAAGAUCGCGUUGGGAUAUUGUUGGACAAGACACCUCAGACAGUGAUAAUCCUCAGAAAUGGCCUUCCCAAGAAAGUAAACCUGCUGUGAAAAAGGUAAUCUCUGUCAAGAGAAUUGAGUUUUCUAAAGACGUCAGCCAGGAAGAUCCAUCUCUGAUUAAGGGUAAACUGAAAUGGGAAGCUGAGUUGCAUUCCAAAACGAUUAAGCAAGAAAUUGUCAUCGCACAAGAACACAGCUCAGUACCAAUAUCUCUUAGGAAAGACCAGUCGGAGUCCGCAAACCCAACUGCACAACCAGGCACCUGUGGAACCAGCAAUGACCAUUCAGACAUCAAACCCCACAUCAGCCAAAUGGAUGGAGAGCCCUCACUUUUAAAUAAUACCUCACAUGUAGACAACGCUAGAAGGGAGCAGGGUAGGAAUGGCGACGGUAAUGAAGAGAAACCUAAAGAUGGCACUCACAAGAGCAAACUGGUGAAGAGACGAGUGUCGAGCCAGGACGGUGUAGGCCAAAGCGAGGACAGUGACUCUGACGAUUCAGAGUCGGACUCUGACUGCGGUGCUGCUGUGAAACGGAUGCACUCUGUGGUGGUUGUGCCAAAGAAUUCCACCCUAACACUCUCGGACACAACAGACAAGCCUGUGUCUCCCUGCACUCCAAGCACUAGCCCAGGACGUCAACAACACGCUAACAGGGCUAGUGGCCAAGAGGGUGACCUGGACAGGAAGGAGAUCACAAGCAGAGUCAGCCCACAGCAGAGACAUCGAGGCUUUCCCACCAUGUGUGAGCGCACUAGGCAGGCCAGUAAUGCUUGUGUUGAUGGAAGUCUCUCUUUACAUGACAUUAUGGUGUAUCAAUCACAGAGCAAUAUGGUAGAUAGCACCAGCCAGCUCGAGGGCUCCAAUGCCACCGAUGCCCAGCCUUAUAAGGAUCCUUAUAGCAGUGCCCAUGAGAGACCAAAGAUUGGUGCAGCAACGGUGAGCCAGGUUGCUGCCCACAGCCUUGAGACCUCCUUCAGGCAGUCUGACACAGGGCAUCCACAGCAUUAUGAGAGUGGCAGGGGUGGCGGGAUGCUGUCCCGUUACCAACAUGGAGACUUUGCUAGCUCUGAUGACUUCAACAGCAGUCUGGGCAGUCUGGGCUGGGACUUCACACAGCCGGAGCAGCCCAGCAGUACGUACCAGCAGCCUGACAGCAGCUAUGGGGCGUCACAACAGCAUCCCAACACUCAACAGCCAGGGAACUCUUCUUUGGGGCAGGUGUACAGAGCAGACAACGGGGCCUGCUGGACCCAACUACCAACUACGACUCAACCCACCUGCAGACCGGUCUACCUCCAUGUGCCUGCAACACAUUACCAGGAGCCUGUUGGUCAAGUCCAUCCUGACUCCCUGACUAAUGACUGUGAUGAGGACAGUGAGGGGAAACCAGCAGGCCUUAGUAGACUAGCUGGGGAAUGCAAUGGUCCCAACCUUCCAGGCUCGCUAGCCUUCGUCCAAGCCCAUGAAAUAAGCAGCAACUGCAGAGGCUCUGUCAACGCCACUCCAGAGAGCAUUGCCAUAGUUGAACCUCCCAGAGACAAGGACAACUCGAGGCCCCACAGAGGCAGGGGUCCUCCCAAGAAGAGGCGUCCAGAAAUGGAGUCAGAUUCGGACAGUGAGGCAGAACCUGGGCUCGCUAGCAAAAGGGAGCGACUGGCAGAAAGGGAGCUCCCCAAGGUCUCCUCCAAAGACUCCAGGGAGACUCCAGGUCAGGCCGAGGUGCAACGUCCUUUGCUCAGUCUGAGGGACUUCCGGGACGCCAGCAACUGGAGGGAGAUGGCAAGGUCUAAGAAGAUGCCACCAUACUUUGACCUGAUUGAGGAAAACCUGUAUCUGACUGAACGGAAGAAGAACAAGUCUCAUCGAGACAUCAAGCGAAUGCAGUGUGAGUGCUCUAUGCUCUCGAGGGAGGAGCGGUCUCGUGGAAUGAUGGCUUGUGGGGAGGACUGCCUUAACCGUCUGCUGAUGAUCGAGUGCUCAUCGCGGUGCCUGAAUACAGGAUACUGCUCCAACCGACGCUUCCAGAUGAAACAGCAUGCAGACUUUGAGGUCAUCCUGACUGAAGAAAAGGGCUGGGGACUGAGGGCGGCCAGGGACCUGAUGCCAAACACGUUUGUGCUGGAGUACUGCGGAGAGGUGUUGGACCACAAGGAGUUCAAGAUGCGGGUGAAAAAGUACGCUAGCAUGAAGAACAUCCACUACUAUUUCAUGGCCUUGAAGAAUAAUGAGAUCAUAGACGCCACACUGAAGGGGAACUGCUCACGCUUCAUGAACCACAGCUGUGAGCCCAACUGUGAGACCCAGAAGUGGACUGUGAACGGCCAGCUGAGAGUUGGGUUCUUCACCUCCAGGACCGUCACGGCUGGUACAGAGCUUACCUUCGAUUACCAGUUCCAGAGAUAUGGGAAAGAGGCCCAGAAGUGCUUCUGUGGGGCUCCCAGCUGCCGAGGCUUCCUAGGCGGGGAGAACCGGGUCAGUGUAAGAGCAGCAGCAGGGAAGAUGAAGAAAGAGCGCCCUCGCAAGAAGGACACCUCCGUGAGCAAUGCACUUACUACGGUGGAUGAGGAGCUAGAGGCUCUGCUGGAGAACGGGGAGGGUCUGUACGAUGAGAAGGAGGUGGUGUCUCUCUGCAGGCUGAUGGUCAGAGUGGAGACCAUGGAGCAGAAACUCAUCUGCCUCAAACUUAUCCAAGAUACCCAGAGCCCGUCCUGCCUGAAGCAGUUCCUGGACCAUCACGGUCUGUCUCUACUGUGGAUCUUCAUGGUGGAGCUCUCUGAAGCCAAGGGCAACAGUGUCAACAACAUCAAACUGCAGUUUCAGAUCAUGAAGACCCUGUCAGUAUUGCCUAUCUCCACUAAGAACAUGUUGGAGGAGAGUCAUGUCCUGAGCCUCAUCCAGCGCUGGGCCCAGACACACACACACUCCCUCCCCCAGCCCCCCGGGGCUGACCAGGACGGCUACUCCAGUGAGAACACGUCCCGCGCCCAGACCCCUCUCAACACUCCCGACGGUUCCUCUGCCUCAGUCGCCAAACUGGGCCCUGAGCUGGACAGUGACACCCCCAAACUGGGCCCUGAGCUGGACAGUGACACCCCCAAACGGGCCGUGUACCGUCGCCUCAAGAUCAGCGAGAACAGCCUGGACAGCGCCAUGUCGGACGCCAGCAAGGCCUCGGACGGUAAGGAGGAGGAAGAGGAGGAUGAAGAGGAGAUGGAGGAUGAGGAGGCCUCACGAUCUGAGCCUCCAGUGGAGAGCAGCAAACGGGCACAGACUGAGCCGGUGGUUGAGGCCCAGGCCCAGACUGAGCCGGUGGUUGAGGCCCAGGCCGAUCCGGUGGUUGAGGCCCAGGCCGAGCCGGUGGUUGAGGCCCAGGCCGAGCCGGUGGUUGAGGCCCAGGCCGAGCCGGUGGUUGAGGCCCAGGCCGAGCCGGUGGUUGAGGCCCAGGCCGAGCCGGUGGUUGAGGCCCAGGCCGAGCCGGUGGUUGAGGCCCAGGCCGAGCCGGUGGUUGAGGCCCAGGCCGAGCCGGUGGUUGAGGCCCAGGCCCAGGCCGAGCCGGUGGUUGAGGCCCAGGCCCAGGCCGAGCCGGUGGUUGAGGCCCAGGCCCAGGCCGAGCCGGUGGUUGAGGCCCAGGCCCAGGCCGAGCCGGUGGUUGAGGCCCAGGCCCAGGCCGAGCCGGUGGUUGAGGCCCAGACUCCCACAACGGAGGAGCCAACAGAAGAGCCAGUCACAGAGCUGAAGGAGACACCAGAGGUGGUAGUGGAGGCCAUGGAGGUCACAGAACCCAAAGCUGAGAGCCAAGACGCUAAAGAUCAGGAGGAGGGGGUGAAAGACGAGUGGAGUGAGGGACAGAAGGAGAACGGAGAGGAGGAGCAUGCAAGUCAGUCAAUGGAGGAGAGUGAGGUUGUGGCGGGAGAGCAGGCCAACAUGGAGGUCCAGGUCCAGGAAUCAUCACAGAUUGAGCCAGUUCAGACGGAAGUUACUGAGACCCCUUCAGAGGAGCAUCCUGCUGGGGAGAAGGAGGAGACCACCACAGCAGAGACCGGGACUGAAGAUGCUGAGAAGGCUCCAGGCAGCCAGGAACAGCCAGGCCAGGUGGCCCCCGAGGUUCCCCCGGAGGUGGCCCCUGGCACUGAGGACGCUGCCCAGGUAGUGACCCCAGCCUCGGAGGCCCCUCCACCUCCCUCUCCGGUGGUCCCCGUGGAGCCUACGGCGGUGGGGACGCCCUCGCAGGAUGAGGAGGAGGGUGUGUCUGAUGUGGAGAGUGAGAGGAGCCAGGAGCCCCAGCUCAGAGCUGUGGAUAUAGGAGACAUGGCUGCUAGGUUACUGGACAGCUGGAGGGACCUGAAGGAGGUGUACAGGAUCCCCAAGAAGAGCCAGGUGGAGAAGGAGACACACGAUCGUAGUCGAGACCGAGACGCUGCCCUGGCCCCGGCUCGCACCCCCUCCGGCAGCCGGGAACGUGAGAGGGAGCGGGACAAGGAGAGGGACAGGGAACGAGAUCGAGACAGAGACCGGGACAGGGAGCGUGACAGAGAAAGGGACAGAGAUUGGGAGCGAGACAGGGAGAGGGACAGAGAGCGAGACUGGGACAGAGACUCCGAGAAGACACCCCGCAGCACAGAGAGACGGAGGAGACGUGCCUCCACCUCCCCCCCGCCCUCAGCAUACGAGCGGAGCAGCAGGCGUAACGAGGACCGGUUUGACCUGGCUAACAGCAGUAAGAAGAGCCGUACCAUCACCAAGGAGCGCACCAAGCUGUCCACAGAGGAGCGCAGGAAGCUGUUUGAACAGGAGGUGGCCCAGCGUGAGGCCCAGAAACAGCAACAACAGUUACAACAGCAACAACAGCAACAACAACAACAACAACAGCAGCAGCAACAGCUCCAGACUCUAGCCUACGAUGCAGCCCUGACCUACACUACCAGCCCAGCUGGCUUCCUUCACUACCCCCCCGGCUACCCCCUCCAGACCUACGUGGACCCCAUCAACCCCAACGCAGGCAAGGUGUUGCUGCCUACUCCUCCUGUGGAGCCCCUGGUCCCAGCCACCCUGGCCUUCGAGCAGACCCCUCCCCAGGCUCUGAUCACCGAGCUGGGCAUGGCCUCUCCCUCCUCCACCUCCCAGCCCCCUCCAGUAUCCAACCUGUCCAGCCUCCCCCAACACAUCCAGCAACCCACCGCCCCUCUGGAGCUCCACCGCGGCACGCCCCAGCAGUACACCCUGCAGCCCAGCGUGGCAGGCCAGGACCCUGGUGUAGCCGUCCUGUCAGUGCCUGCCGUGUCGGCGCCCCCUCAGGUGUCGGCGGGCCAGGGGAGUUACACCACGCUGUGGGACCCUACCACCCAGCAGGCUGUGACAGUACAGACCCAGAUAGCACCACAGUACCAGGUUGUCCCAGCACCUCCUCCCACUCAGACAGCCAUCUACUAUCAGGGCCAGCCCUGUCAGACCAUCUACAGUAUCCCAACUGCCUACCCACAGGCCAACACACCUGUCCUGCAGGCGUACUCUGAUCCGGCUGCCAGCUACCUCCAUGGUCAGCCGGUGUACACAGGUCACCAGCAGGGAGUGGUGGUUCAGCAGGGGGGCACGGUCACUACCAUCGUCACCUCACAGACUGUCCAGCAGGAGUUGCCCAACACUGUGUUAGUCCCCAACAGUAUGAUAGACCUGCCGCCUCCCUCUCCUCCCAAACCCAAAACCAUCGUCCUGCCCCCCAGCUGGAAGGUAGCACGGGACGGAGAGGGAAAGAUCUACUACUACCACGUCAUCACCAGGCAGACUCAGUGGGAUCCUCCCAGCAGCUGGGACGGGGCCAGUGAAGACGCCCACAGCUUAGACCACGAGGCUGAGAUGGACCUGGGGACGCCCACCUACGACGAGAACCCCUCCAAGUUCUCUACUAAGACGGCAGAGGCAGACACAUCCAGUGAGCUGGCCAAGAGGAGCAAGGAGACGUUCCGGAAAGAGAUGUCCCAGUUCAUUGUGACCUGCUUGAACCCGUUCCGGAAACCAGACUGCAAACUGGGACGCAUCAUCAACACUGAGGAUUUCAAACACCUAGCCAGAAAGCUAACUCACGGUGUGAUGAACAAGGAGCUGAAAUCCUGCAAGAACCCAGAGGACCUGGAGUGCAACGAGAACGUCAAGCACAAGACCAAGGAGUACAUCAAGAAAUACAUGCAGAAGUUUGGCAGCAUCUACCGGCCCAAAGAGGACACUGAGCUGGACUAAGUGUCUGACUGGAGGAACAGAACCGGGAUCAAGACUUGAAACUAUGAUUAGUCUACACUCAAACCCGAACACAGAUGAGCUUUUUACUCUUCUCACUCCAAGUAGGAGUCAAGUCAAGCAGUGAAACUGAACUGUGUUUGAUUAUGGAAGUGGGAUCGCUCCACACACACAUUUAUGUGGAGGACAUAUUUAAAUUAACAAAGACGGUCUUAAACUGAUGCCUUGAAGGCUUGACCCGGGAACUAGGGGCGGGGACUAGAAUCAUGAUGAUGCUGAGGGAGGCGUCUCACAAGGGGCAGAGGCUCCAGGUGAAGUGUCCACAGAGAAGUGUGCGACACCUAGGCUGCAUCUCAACUGGCACCCUAUUCCCUAUAUAUGCACUAUAUAGGGAAUAGGGUGCCAUUUGGGAGUCAGACCCAGAGAGGGGUGCUACAUUGACUAUAUUCUCACUACCAUGUUUUGCUUUCUGCAUUUUUCCAGUUCAACUUUGUUACCUAACUAACAAUGUUCUCAACAUCUUUUCAGCUAUAUAUUCUCUCUAGAACUCUUCCUCCCCUGGCUGAAAAACCAUGAUUUUAAAUUGCUCUUCAAUGUUGGGAUGUUGCUGUAUGAAGUCCAGCAGUGGGAAUUAACUGGUCAAAAUGGAUCAAUGUAAAGAAAGACUAAAGAAUCUGUUUAUCCAUAUGACUGACUGGCUUUCCUCUGGUGCGCCCGGCUGCCCAUCAUCUCCCCCCCCCCCUCCUCCAGCCAGCCAUUGACCUUGACUAGGGUAUCUGGUGCUGCUUUUAGCUGGGCUGUGAUAGUCCAAGCUUUCUACUCCCCAAGCCCUCCCUGCCUUCAGACCACAAGACUCCGGAGCCUCUGUUGUUAUAUGAAUGCUUGAUGGAGGCUGGGUUCGGUUCUGAUGGAGGCUGGUUUCGGUUCUGAUGGAGGCUGGGUUCGGUUCUGUCAUGCUGACUGGUGUCCUUAUACGAAUUCCUCCAUGGCUGCUUACCAAAUGGCACCAUAUUCCCUAUAUAGAGCACUACUUUUGACCAGGGCCAAUAGGGGAAUCCCAUAGCGCACUACUUUUUACGAGAGCUCUAUGUUGGGAAUAGUGUGCCAUUAAGGACGGAGUCCAUGUUCCAAUGCUCCCUCCCAGAGUAAAAAAAAAGAUUGAAGAAUUAACUUUUAUUAUGGAGCUUGUACUCUACUGUCCACCUACUGGUCUGAAUGUAUCAAGUAGUGGGUUGGACAGACAGACAGGGCCUUCAAGAGGACUUAGUGGUGAAGAAGGAACGGGGGAGGGGGGGGUUACUGAUCAAUGUUUUUAUGUAUUUUAUUAACUUGUACUAUGAAGUGAACAGGAUCUGGAUGCUGUCAUCAGACACACAUGAUGCUUAUGUGUCAGUCAGUGUACCUCACUCUGUUCCAAAUACCCCCUCCCCCCUCCACAAAGGGUUGUAGCGUUGUGAUUUUAAGUCUAUUUCACCUUGUCUUUUUUUACUAUUAUAAUUCCUUUGGACAGGCAUCACAGAGGCGUCUGUGCUCUCGUCCUGUUGCUACACAAGCUGUUUUACUCGUUAGUCCCCGGGGUAACAAGGUUUGUGUCCUGUCGUCGGGGUUACAGGUUCAUAGGCUUGGGGUCGUUAAUCAUUUAGGUAACUCUCACACCACCAUUUAAAUUGCAUUAAAACCAUGUUCAAACACAUGUAUUAUAUUGCUUUGUAUGUGAAUAUAUUGAGAAUGUUUAAGUAAGCAAAGUCUUUGUAAAAUGACGGACUAUUGGUCCAUGAUAUAACCUGUAAAUAGCCAGGUGUAAUUAUACCAAACACAGGUGGGGGGGGGACUAGGGGCGCGUGAGUUCCCCUGUCUGCUCCAGCAGCUCAACUCCACACCCCCUGCCCUCUUCCUCCGUCAGCUAAAGCCAGGAUUCCACCCACUCUCACGGCCUCUUGUUUGAAUUUGUUUAUUUUGGUGGUGGGGGUUGCAGCAUCUUUCUGUUUUGUUUGUUUUGAGACAGAUUUUUAUUUUCUGUACAAAAAGGAGUUUCACCCCAACUCUGCUGUAAGUACUGUGUAAGCACAUUGUCAUACUGAGUGUACAAACAUUUAAAAAGGAAAAAUAAACUCUUUUUUUUUUU